AUGAAGGUCUUCUCCUUGGCCCUGCUCACCCUGCUGCUGAUGGCUGUCUGGACUGGAAGCCAGGGCAUGUCCUUCCGCAGCUCCUAUGGCACAUGCUGCUACAAAGAGAUGUUUGUCUCCAAGAAAAUCCCUGACAAGCUCAUCAGGAGCUACCAGGAGACGCCUUCCCACUGCUCUCGCAAGGCCAUGCGUGUGGAGCUGCUGAAGGGGAGGAAAUUCUGCGUGGACCCGGAGGCAGAAUGGUUCCAGCAGUACCUGCGGGAGAAGGAGUCAUCCAGAACCUCCACCUGA